AUAGGCUGGGGCGACUCAGCCGGGCGCCAGGGCCGGAAGGGAGGCGACCACAGUACCAUUCUUAAAGGGGCCGAGGAAGAGGCGACGGGCUGCGGACGGCCGGAAGGAAAAUGAGUGAAUCUUUGGUGGUUUGUGAUGUUGCUGAAGAUUUAGUGGAAAAGCUGAGAAAAUUUCGCUUUCGCAAAGAAACGAACAAUGCUGCCAUUAUAAUGAAGAUCGACAAGGACAAACGCCUGGUGGUACUGGACGAGGAACUUGAGGGCAUUUCACCAGACGAACUUAAAGAUGAACUACCUGAACGACAACCUCGCUUCAUUGUGUAUAGUUAUAAGUAUCAACACGAUGAUGGAAGAGUGUCAUACCCUCUGUGCUUUAUUUUCUCCAGUCCUGUUGGGUGUAAGCCUGAGCAGCAGAUGAUGUACGCGGGGAGCAAGAACAAGUUAGUCCAAACGGCGGAACUGACCAAGGUAUUUGAAAUAAGAAAUACUGAAGACCUCACUGAAGAGUGGUUACGUGAGAAACUUGGAUUUUUCACUAAUGUGAACUUCUGUGUCUCUAAAGUAUUUAUGUAUUAACCUGACCAUACUGGAACCAGACAUAAAUACUUAUUUAUUCCUAAAAAAUGCACUGUUACUUACAGUUUAUUUCCUGCAGUAAAGAAAAAUUCAUUUGUGCAAAGUUUGAACAAAGAGGAAAUCAUCUCCAUAGUAAUGCAACUUUGUAAAGUGUUUCCUUAUCUUUGUAAUUGUUAGGUGGAUCCUUUUCUCCAGGGACUUUUUGCACUCUUGUGACUAAUUUGUAUAACUUUGGUUCAGAAUUUGUUACUAUUUACAGACACCAUUGGAAAGUGGGUAUUAGAUUGUGAUAGACAACUGUUGCCUCCUUUUGAGAAAUACUGUAUAUUAGCGGUUUAUGUAUGAAAAUAGCAUAUUAUCACUUGUCAAAUUAUUGACAUUAAUUUGGAGUUACAGACUUGACUACCCAAUUGUGAGCCAUGAAUACUAAUUAAUUGAGUGUCACCUGCGUUCUAAAUACAUUUUUCAACCACUUUCAUACCUCUUGAUUUCCUGUAUCUUUUUAAUCAAGCCCAGAAACUAUGUUCAUCAGUCAUUCAUUCCCAAGGUCUAAGAGUUAGAUUUCAUGAUAGGAUUAUGACUAUUAGUUUUUCUUCUUAUGGAAAAUAGCAUCUUAGUGUUAGAAACUGGUGGGUUAUAAUAACCAAGGGCUUCCUUCCUGUUUCUGUUAUUUCUAGAUAGUUUUUAACUAGGUUAAUAACACUUUAUUUAUAUAUACAUUUCCUAAUGUCUUGUGAGCACUAAUUAUUUUAAGUAUGUUAAUAUUGUGCCUUUGAUUUGUUAGUUUUAUAGUUUAAGAUUUUUACACUGCCAGUAUUCUAGAUUUGGUGAAAUUAAUACUUUUUUAAAGGGUCCAAGUGAAACAAUUUUCUAAUGUGUGUAUCUGAAAUUUGUAAUAAAAUCAGCCUCUUAUUUUUAAAAUUCCAACUAUCUACUUGCAUUGGUGAAUAUAUGACCCUUGAGAGUGAAAAUUCGGGGUAUAUUUGGGAUUAGUUUUGUGCCAUAUAUAAAAAUUACUCGUUUUAAAACUUUGGCCAGAGUUAACAACGACACAUCAAUAGAACUCACAUCUUUUAUCCUGAAUGUCAGAACAUGUUCUAAACUGGGCAUGUGAAUGACUGACUAAGCCAUUCGUGUUAGAGGACAGCACCUUUGGCUUAAAAUAAGCACACUAAUAUAUAGCAUACUUUAAAAACACUCAAGAUCCGGACAUUCUAGAGGCUAACCCAAUUGGAUGAGUGAAUUCUUAUAUUAAAAAUACUGUAAUCAUUUCAAAACUAAUAAAGGUAUUAUAUUUAUGUUGGCAUAUUUUCUAUUUCUAGGUUCUUUGCAUUUCAUUUUUGAGGGUUCUGUGCCAACUUUAACAGGAAGUAAAGAGAGUUGGAACUUUCAGAACACUGAAUAGGGCAUCUUCUGUCCCCAGUAACGUUUGGCUUCACUGAUCAAGAAGUUGGGAAACAAUCCCAAGUUGGAGAUGAGAAAUGGCUAGAGUAGAUAAUUUGUUUUGGUUAAUGAAUGGCAAAGUCCUUCAUUUCAAGAGAGAGGAGAAAACAGCCCAGAAAAUUUAGGAAUUUUUGAAGUAGAUAUUUUGAUACUGGAGAAUAACUUGCUCAUAAUUCUGCAGAAAUGCACAUGAAAUCCAGGUAGAAAGUCGUUAAUGUUUUUGAGUGAAGGGAAGGAGAUUUUGUUUUACCCAGUUUUCAUCAAUAAAAGAAACUGGUGCUGCAAGAAUGUAUUUUUUUGAGAUACGGUUUCUUACUCUGUCUUUCAGACUUCGGUUUUGUUUCUGUUUUUUUUUUUUUACUUGAGAAGUCCUCCACAACGUCCGAUCAUACCGACCUGCCAACACAGACCUCGCAGUUCUCUUGUCCCUCUGCAGGAGCAGAGAACUGUGAAAAAACUGUACUUUUUGGAGCUUGUUUGGCUUCUUCAUCAGAGACACGUGUUUUGCAAGACAACAGGUUGUUUCCUUACGGGAUCUGGAAAGCGUGUUCCUUAUUGGGUGUCCUGUGGGAAGAUCAGACCCGAUGUUCUAAAGUGUUUCUCAGAUACUUGUAUACACUUCCGUUUAAUCUAACUCAACUUUGUAUUGUUCUUUUAAAGUGUAUUUCCUAUUUAGUCUGUUCUUCUGCCUUCCAUAAAUAGUAACUACAGAUCUCAUCACUCCAGCUUUUACAUUCCGUAUCUUUCUCAUAUAACCAUUCCCACUCAACCUGAAAUCUCAGUCUUUCAUUUUUGGCAGCAGCUUUUCCCUUGGAACCUCCUCCAUGGUCUUCUAAGUCAGCAUUAGUUUUGCAAUGUUUGGUCUGAAGUAAGUUCUGCAUAGCAUCUAAUGUCAAAAGAAAACCAACUAGCGAUCACAGUAUGAACUUAGUAUGGUUUUUGUGGCAACAUAAAUGACAUAUGAAGAAAACUGUCCUCAGGUUACUAUGCUGGAAUUCCAAAAUGUCUGAGUUUUAAAUAAUAAUCACUUUUUCUGGUAUUGAAGCAAUUACGUUAGGAAAAAAGUUGAUUGUUUUUGUUCAAACUGGCUUCUGAAGUAAAUGUUUGAAUUGUGUAUUUCUAAACAGUUUACCAAAUGCCUAGUGCAGUUAAACAUACUCGUUUAAGAGGGUGUUGCUAAAUUUUUUAUAGUCAUUACUAAAUAAUCCAUGUGGCAAAAUGUCUGUCAGCACUUUCCUCCCUUUUUUAUCUCCUAUUUUCAGGAGUCAAUCGUAGCCAUAAAUGCAUCCGGGUCUGACACUUUAACUAAAAGUUUCUGGUUAGGGGAGAUUAUUUGCCAAAUUAAAUUUGGCAGUCCUUCCCCCCACCCAUAUAUGUAGAUGCUAAGGAAGGUGUACUUAAAAAGUUGUUUGGACUACUUUUAAAACUCAAACAAUGUCAUUAAUCCAUGUGUGGACUAGUGAUGAAUAGAUAUUUUCAUAAAAGUGUAAAUGCUGAUAUUUGGUGGAAGUAGAGAAUAACUCGUAUUCUGUCAGCUCAAGUAUUUUUCGGAUGGUCGCACUCCCUCUUCGUGGACUGAUAAUACUGGAAUCUAUAAAGUUUGAGCCUUUACAACUUAAUGUGAAGAAGUGUUUCAAACAUUUCUGGACAAAUCCUAUUUUGUAUUUCUGGAAGAAUGUAAAUAAUCUUCUAGGCUGCUUAAAACCAAUGGUCCCAGGUUGAAUAUUCUUGAGAAACUUGUUCCUUUUUAGGCCAUUUGACAUUUCAAAUCCGCGAGCAUAUUCCUGUCAUGUGUAACACAACGACAUAAGCUUGUGAUACAAAGUGUGCUUUCCUGCUGUGUGGAAUAUAAUUCAUGUACAUCUAAUUACUUGAAUAUUCUUCGAGAUCACUAACAUGCUGAGGCAGUUCCCACCGAUGGAGAUACGAUGUAAUCUCAUCCAGGAGGCUUGAAACAUUAAUGGUUUAGUCUUGUGAAUUUUAACAGUUCUCUGUCAUUGUUUAACCAAACGGACAACUGGUACAACUUCUUAAGCUGUGGUUUCCGUCUCUGCUAGCUCAUCCUGCAUGUUUAUUUUGGACAGUCUUUUGUUAAGCAUGGUGCUUGUACUGGUUUAAAUAAAAUGUUAACAUGAAAAGAC